UUUCAGAUAUACGUCUGAAUUAAAGUGAGAUAUGAAAUUCAUAUACAUUCUGUUAUCAUGCUGUGCAUUUUCUCUGAAUAAAGGAUUGAUAACAAGUAAGAAAACAGAAAUGAACUGGUAUGAAGCUCAAGAAAAUUGUAGACAAAAAGGAGGUAUUCUACCAGAUUCAGAUGAUAUAACAAAUUCCCUAAGAUGGGCCGGGAAGUAUCGACGGAUUUCUCUAUUGAUAAAGAUAUUAGGUUGUUAUAAUGAUAGCUUUGUACAAUCAACGAUCCCAACGAAUGCAUAUAAAAUGAAAACUCCAUCUGCAGGAUAUUGCCAGGAGAUAUGUCUGUCAUUUGAUUCAUUUGUUUUUGCCAUAAAGGACAAUGAGUGUAGAUGUUUAGAGGAGAUACCACAAAAAGGAAAUGCUUCCACAUCGUUAUGUAAUGAUACAUCUUGUGAGCGAGAUGAAGAGCCUUACUUUGAUGACUGUGGAGGCAAAGAAACAUAUUCUGUAUUUCAAUCAGAUCCAAAGAAUGAAAAAGCUACUGACGUUAAUACAAGCGGCUGUCUUGCAGUUCAAUGUUCUGUGCCGCCGAAUUUCACAUUUUACUAUGAAGAAGAUUGUUCUCUUCUUUAUAAACCAUUUUGUGACAUGACAGUUUCAAACACAUCGGCCACUUGGAUGGAAUCAAUGCGUAUUUGUAGAUCAACGUUAUCUUUGCCUGUUCUAACUGAGGAAAUAUUUCUGCAUGAUAUCAACAAGACUUGUAAGGCAAUUGGUGAAAACAGGACUGAAAGAUAUUGGCUUGGUGUGGCAAAGGAAAAGUACAUCGGGUUUGACAAAGGCAAGUGA